AUGCGUUCAUUUUAUGACAUAACAAGCGGAGCUGCUCGCUUUUUAUUUGGUGGGAAAUUCAGACCUUUCGAGACGCAAAGAGUAUCGGAGCCAUUUUUUAAAUUAAAGGUAAAUGACUUGAAUAGAGGUUCCUAUCGUAACUUUUCUACCGGUGGCCAAAGCAACAUCAAACAGGAGUGGCUUAACUACCGUGAAACGUCAAAGAAAUUGCUGACCUCUGGUUUGAAUAGUUCAAGGUAUUCGUAUGAUGUAAACUCGUUGACAAAGCUACCCAAAUCAUAUGAAUCACACUUGCAAGAUGAUGUAAAGUUCAGCAAAUGCCUUGGCAUGAAUCCAUUGUUCACACACUAUGUUAACCCACUUUCUAUUGUCUCAUUCGCUGCAAAGUACCUCUUGAGUUACAGAUUCCUCUUUAUUUAUAUGGCCAGGACCACAUUUCAGGCUGUGCGUCCACUACUAGCCUUUUGUGUGUUUGGUGAGAUUAUGAAACUCAUUUUAGCUAACCUAAGCGGUGGAGUUCCUGCAUAUCUCUUCUCAUUCGUGCUGGCCUUCGAAGUGCUCUACUUCUUCCUGCAGUGCUACAUCUCAUACACCUUCUUGAUGAUGUUCUUUACCGUAAUGUUUUAA